GGAAGCACAAAUAACCAAAUAACAGGAAGCAUUCACAAUCAUCUCACCGAGCCCUGACAGAACACACCGGCAAAGGGCGGACAUUGGAAUUAAACCGGGGUUUAAUUUCAUCCGCAUCCUCGUCAUAUCAGGGGAAACCAUCCGCCUCCGCCCCUACUGACCUCCGAGACAGUAAACAGAUGGAGAAACAGGCCGGAGCUGCCGGGGCGGCAGAAGCAGCAGGGCCAAACAGAAAGCUCUGGGGCUUGCCGAGCGGAGGACCAAACACCGGUGAAACCCCGGAAAGUCCAACAGGCUCUCACGUAGAGUGGUGUAAACAGCUGAUCGCAGCCACCAUCUCCAGUCAGAUCUCAGGAACGGUCCUGUCAGAUGUAAACAGGGACAUCAAGGCCAGGAGAAGACCAGAUUUCAUGGUGUCCAAGAGGCUGAAUCCCAGGAACCUUACUGCUUUGAGGUACGGGGCGCAGAUCACAAUGUCCCAGAACCAGGUUCCCCUGCUGCCAGGAGAAACAGUGCAGACCACAGUGAAGGAUGUGAUGUACAUCUGUCCCUUCAGCGGUCUGGUUAAUGGAACCCUGACCAUCACAGACUACAAGCUGUACUUCACCAGCGUGGAAAGGGAGUCUCCGUUCGUCCUGGAUGUGAACCUGGGAGUCAUCAGCAGACUGGAGACCAUCAGCGUCCCCAACCAGGGAGAGAACACCAAAGGGCUGGAGCUCGUCUGCAAGGACAUGAGGAGUCCCAGGUUCGCCUAUAAGACGGAGGAGAGCAAUCCAGACGUGGUGGAGCUGCUGGCCAAACACGCCUUCCCCCUCUCCCACAGCCUGCCUUUGUUUGCGUUCCUGUACAAGGAGCAGUUUCCUGUGGACGGCUGGAAGGUGUACGACCCAACAGCCGAGUACAGACGUCAGGGCCUUCCGAAUGAGAGCUGGACCUUCAGUAGGAUUAACAGCAGCUAUGAGCUGUGUGACACAUACCCCUCCAUCCUGGUCAUUCCCACUAACAUCGCAGAGGAAGACAUCAAGCGGGUGGCUGUGUUCCGAGCAAAGCACCGCAUACCGGUCCUGUCCUGGAUUCACCCAGAGUCUCAGGCCACCAUCAUACGAAGCAGCCAGCCGUUAGUCGGCCCUUCAGACCGCCGCUGCAAAGAGGACGAGCGCUACCUCCAGAUCAUCAUGGACGCCAACGCCCAGUCCCACAAGCUCACCAUCUUUGACGCCCGGCAGAGCAGUGUAGCAGUCACCAACAAGGCGAAGGACGGAGGGUAUGAAAGUGAGAGUUUCUAUCCAAACGUAGAGCUGAACUUCCUAGAAAUACCCAACAUCCAUGUGAUGAGGGAGUCCCUGAGGAAGAUGAAGGACGUGGUUUACCCCACCAUAGAUGAAGCACACUGGCACUCUGCUAUCGAUCAGACACACUGGCUGGAGUACAUACGGUUGUUGUUAGCAGGAGCAGCGAAGGUGGCGGAUAAGCUGGAGUCGGGGAAGACGUCUGUGGUGGUGCACUGCAGCGACGGCUGGGACCGCACCGCUCAGCUCACGUCUCUGGCCAUGCUGAUGCUGGACAGCCACUACAGAACGCUCCGAGGGUUCCAGGUUCUCGUGGAGAAGGAGUGGAUUAGCUUUGGACACAAGUUUGCUGCUCGCGUGGGUCACGGUGAUGAGAACCACGCUAACUCAGAGCGCUCGCCUCUCUUUGUACAGUUCAUUGAUUGUGUGUGGCAGAUGACUCGACAGUUCCCAGCAGCCUUUGAGUUCAACGAGCUGUUCCUGAUCACAGUGCUGGACCACCUGUUCAGCUGUCUGUUUGGGACAUUCCUCUACAACAGUGAGCAGGAGCGGGCAGCCAAGGAGGUGCAGACACGGACGGUGUCCCUGUGGUCCUACAUUAACAGCCAGCCUGAGGACUUCACCAACCCUUUCUACGUGGACUACGAGCACCAUGUUCUGUAUCCGCUGGUGUCCUCCAGACAUCUGGAGCUGUGGACUGCAUACUACGCUCGCUGGAACCCCCGCAUGAGACCACAGGUUCCGGUGCACCAGACGCUGAAGGAGCUGUUGCUGCUGAGGGCGGAGCUGCAGAGGAGGGUGGAGGAUCUGCAGAGAGACGCCACCUCCCACUCUCUGUCCUCCUCCUCUGAACACUCCCCCGCACACAGCACAGGCACGCCACUGCACAGCGCUGUCUGACAGACAGACACACACACACACACAAACAUAUACCCCCUACACACACACAGAUAAAACAUGUGUUUGCCCAAUUACCACAAAUUUACAGUUUUAUAUUAACAUCCCUAAAUACAUUUUUUACAAACAAUCCUGACAAACACCUGUGCGUUUUAUUUAUAUUAUUUAAAAAGAUCAAGUAUUCAGAAGGACCAGCUCCCCCCCGCACUGUAGGAAUCAUCCACUUCACUGGUGUUUGUGUUUUUGUAUGAAGAAUUGCGUCUAUAUUUCUCAGGGCUCAGUGAUCACAUGACUGCCAGUGACGUUUCACACACUCUCACACACCCCCUUUGCUCUGUCAGUGACUGACUUCAACAUUAGAAUCAUGGGUAUGAGCUAAGCUAUAAUUCAUAUGAAAAGAAUGUGUUUUGGGGAAUCAGGGAACAGGAGAAUCACAAUGACUGUCCUUGUAGUGGUAACCCUUCCCUGGACUGAUGGACGUCUGCUUUUCCUUUCUUUAUUACCUGGAAACUGCCUUACUGCGCAUGGUUUCCUGUAUUUGUUUAAAGAAGUAUUGUUUUUUACUUUAUUGGAACUUCUCUUCCCAUGUGUCAACCCCGUCCUAUAUCCCCAAUCCCCUCACACACUGUCCUGUAAAUAACUUCCACCCAGUGUUUGUCACAAACGAACCAAACCAUAGGUGUGUGUGGAGCUGCUCCCAAAGGUUCUGACUGUGAAUCAAUCGACCUUAAAGCAGCACGAUUAUAGAACAGUGUUUUUAUAAAGAUGAUAAAAUGUUAAAUAUUGAAAAUCGCCAAGAUAUUUUUUAUUACAGUUCAGAAUUAAGUUAAAUAUGAUUAAAUAUAAUGAGGAUGAGAUACCAAAUACAUAUAUUAAGAUUACAGUUUGUGACUCGGUUAUAGGUACAUUAUUUAAGCACAAUGGAUGACUAAAUCCAGUUAUCUAGAAAUCUGGUGUAAACAAUCCUAUUUUCAAGUUGAAUGUGCUUUAUGAAAGAUAUAUAAUGCAGGUAACACUGAACUGUAAGCUUUAAGUAUUGUACAGUUCCAGCAGUGCUGCCAAUAAUGAAUACAAUUAAAUGGUCAGCUCCACACAAAUGGGACUGCUGAUCAUUUUGCUUUCAUUUCAACAGCACACUUCAUUUGAAAGAAACAAAGCAAUGCGUUUAAAGAUAAGAAACUGGAUUGAAAACAGUGUAACUCAGAGACGUAGUACUGAAGUAGUGCUGAAGUUAUUUAUCACCGUUAAAGAACAGGGCCCACAAGAAUCAGGUUUACCAUCACAGCUCUGACCUAUGUUUGGUGUUACAGUUAAAAGACGUCCCUUUUAUUCUAAUGCUAUGUGACUUAUACAUUUCACUGUGUACCUGUGGCAUGCAAUUGUACAAAUCCUUUUUUAUGUAAAUGGUGUGACGAAUUAUGAGAAGUUAAACCUUCUAAUGAGCCAUAAUCACUUCUGACAUUCCAUUUAAAAAGAAAACAAAUCAAAA